CAGGUAUGUGUAAAUAUAACGUGCGAGAGAGUACACACUCGAUCGAUUGUGCAUAGCUUCAACUUGUAUCGAGUGGGUAUUUGUAAUGUUUCUUUAGAAUAUAAAUCGUGCUUAUUACACUAGAGUUGAUGGCAUUGGUAGAAAACACACGUGCUCUGUGUAUACGGUGUUCGCUGUUGAAAAUGGAUAUAGAAUUGCGAAGUGAACUACGGGCAUUCAAGUAAGAUACUUCGUCUCUUUAAAAGUGACAAUAACUGCACAGAUCUAGCAGUUUAUACAUAUUCGCCGCAAGAAUGCGUAUAACGUGGCUUCGAUUCCACCGGAAGUGGCGACGUCUGGCCGUGCUAGUGGUGGCUGUCUACCUUGUCGUCAAUGGACUCCUAUUUUCCAAACUGAUAGGCUGGGUUGAUGACCUCUCUUCACUUAUGGAGAAAAGGUAUGAUCCGUUUGGCAGCAUACAUCGAAAUCCUUGUCCGAUGCAACGAAAUUUGUACGCAUCGGAACGCAUUUUAACCGGAAGUGACGCUGUAUGCCAGACCGCGUGGAGCGACAAUGAUGCUGAUAUACAGAUGGAAUCGGUUCUCGAUGAACUCAGCGUGGGCUACCCGAACCUCGUGCUUACAGUGUACGGGUGGGCGGACACGAUACGGGUGGAGGCAUGGAGCCCCGCCCCCCUCACUGUGAUAGUCAUGCCCCACUCGCAUCAGGACCCAGGAUGGCUGUCGACUAUGGACGCCUAUUACACCCAGUUCACCAAAGGUACUUUGGACAAUAUAGCUGAGCAACUGUCUGCGAAUCCCAGCUGGACGUUUAUCUGGAAUGAAAUCGUCUUCCUACAACGGUGGUGGACGGAUGCUUCAAAUGAACAAAGGAUCAAGUUUAAAAAGUUACUGGUCAGUGGUCAGUUGGAGCUGGUGUCCGGUGGUCUGGUGAUGCCGGACGAGUCGCUGACGCACUUUAACGCUAUACUCGACCAACUCGUUGAGGGACACCAAUGGGUUAAACAGACUUUCAAUAUAACGAUUGAGAACAAUUGGGCCAUUGAUCCGUUUGGUCACUCUGCUACGGUUCCCUAUCUCUUACGCGAAGCUGGGCUGAAGAACAUGGUAAUUCAGAGGACACAUUUCGCGGUCAAAAGGGAAUUCGCCAAGAGGAGGAGUUUCGAGUUUUAUUGGCGCCAGAGUUGGGAUUUUGAAGGCAAGCACGACAUGUUUUGCCACAUGCUGCCGUUCCUACUGUACAACAUCCCACAUUCCUGUGGUCCGGAUAGACACGUGUGCUGCCAGUUCGAUUUCCACCAUCAGCACUGUUACCACGGCAAAUCGCAUAUACCCGUCGUCAGUGUUACCGAAAAUAAUCUAGCGGAACUAGCAGAAUCACUGUGGGAGCAGCUACAGAAAAAGGCGUCUCUCUACCGACACGGCGUGGUCCUGCUCCCACACGGGGACGACUUCCGGUACGCCACCAAGCCCGAGUGGGAGGCACAGAUGUUCAAUUUACAGAAAAUUAUGGAUUAUAUCAAUAGAAAUGAUAGAAUGCAAACAAAGAUCACAUUUGGAACGCUCAACGAUUACUUCAAAGCGGUGAAAUCUGAGAAAGCACCUGGUCCACCCUCAUCAAAAGGCCCAUUUGCGGUGUUGAGCGGGGAUUUCCUGCCAUACUCUGACCGCAGUGACCAAUACUGGACAGGCUUCUACACCUCGCGGCCUUGGAUCAAGGAAGCCGUUAGCCGUCUACAAGAUUACUUACGGUCAGCCGAAAUCCUAUUCACGCUAAGCUUGAGUGUUACUAAAAUCAACACCAGUAUGGCGUCAUUAUACCGGAAGUUGGAGUCAUCGAGACGCACUCUAGCUGUGUCCCUGCACUACGACGCAAUAACGGGAACCAGCAAGGCAAACGUCAUGCAGGACAAUAAACUAAGUAUUCAACAAGCAUUUGGAGAACUUAACAACGUACAUGAAACAUGCAUAAAAGGAAUUUUGAAAAACUAUGACCACAAAUAUCAAACGAUCAACAUAACAGGGGACUCCGGACCACAGCUAUUGAUAUUGAGACAAGACCUUCCCAUUCGGUUAUUAAUAUGGAACAGCAUUGGGACGAAACGAGAUGUUGUAGCUCGUGUCCUGACAGACACACGUGAUGUUCACGUGACAGAUGUGUACGAGAGGCGCGUCACUCAGCAAGUAGACCCAGAAUGGACUGAAGAUGGCCACGUGACGGACGGGACUUUUUGGUUAUCCUUUCAAGCGGAAGUGCCGGGUUUCUCUGUAGCCGGCUAUUUAGUUGACAUAUCCACGGAUGAUGUCCAUGCUAGCGUCGUUACCCUCUAUAAUGUGACUAGUUCAAAACAAGGCACUCAUAAAACAAUCAACUCGUUUUACAUCCAACCACGAGUUACCGACUAUUUCAAUAUAUCAAACGAUAUUCUUACGGCAUCAUUUUCUUCGUGUGAUGGACUUCUCUCGUCCGUCUACUAUCCGGCCAUUGGAGCAACUUUUACUGCCGAUCUCAGUUUCAUCACGUACAGUACAGGUCACCACACGCAUCCGUUUAGAGACAAAAGUGGGGCCUACAUUUUUCUUCCUGAUGGAUCUGCGAGGUACAUCAGUGAGCAGCCGACUGUGGUAUUGACUGAAGGCAAAUUGUUUUCCCAAGUGCGUUCUGUGUACAAGUCAUUCACGCUUGUUGCCACCAUCUACCACAAAACUAAUGCUGAUUUAUCGAACGGUAUUCAUCUGGAAACUGAAGUCAACUUGAACAGCGACACAUGGGACAACACGGAGUUGGGACUUCGACUGGAGACCAAUGUAUACGACUCCUCGCUUGGCUUCUGUACGGACGCCAACGGAUUUCAGAUGCAGCGCAGAAGAACGCGACAGAAGUUGACAAUUCAAGGCAACUUUUACCCCAUCACGACACUGGCCUCUCUGAACGAUCACAGCUCUGUUGUUAGUCUCCACACUUCACACGCUCAUGCGGUAGCUAGCCUGGCAUCAGGCUGGUUAGAGGUGAUGUUGGAUCGGCGACUGGUUCAGCAUGAUUGGAGGGGUCUAGGGGAAGGUGUCACUGACAACGUACCGACGAGAAGCACCUUCUUUCUGACGUUUGAAGAGUAUUCAAGAACGAAUAUGCGUGGAGACUCAGUGUGCCUUCAAUCAACCCAUACAAUUCGCACAUCGAUACAGCUGAAUAAUCCACCUAAGUUGUUUGAAGUCAUCAGGACAAACAGACCGAAUAAUCAAAACAUAAUCAUGAAAGAAACAUCAAUAGAUCUAUCUGCUUUUGCAAAUGCGAUUGCGUUACCUUGUGAUUAUCAUGUUGUAAACAUGAAGACUAUGAUUGACUCGAAUUCAUUAUCAAAGUUUGUGUUGAUAACAAUACAUAGACAAGCUUCAAAAUGUCAUCAAAACGGAAAUGACGAAACUAGCAGUUGUGCAAACAAGGUCAGUUCAAAAUGGGGAGAAUUUCUGCCAUUCGCCAAAGAAAUAUGGGAGACCACACUUAAUGGUAUUGAGAAAAGGCGUCCACUUGCGAUUGAGGAUAACAUUCAUGUGGAUGUUUUUAACAUAAAAACAUUUUUAAUAACAUUUAGAGAAAUCAAAUAGCCCAUACAGAUACAGACAGUGUCCUCAGUAUAUGGUAGAAGGAAGCGGAAAAACUCAACGGUAAAGACGGUGACAGAAUUCGUCGUUAGUCGAACACCUUCCUAACUUUCGGUGUAUGACGCGUGUUUGGAACAACUGCUAAUCGAGUAGGGGCACGAAUUGCCCUCCUAGUGACAGGGUCAUCGGGCUCAAUUAAAUCUGCAGGAAGUUCCCCGUCGUCAGUUCGUACGUUCUUGUCAGCCCCGUGCUCCAGUAGAAGCCUGUGGUAUUGAAAAACGAAUUCAUUUUGUACAGCAGAAUUAAUUUAUUGCUGUUUCAUGUCUUAUAUGUGUGCUUUCAUAUGUUAUAUGUAUGAAGUUUGUUACCGCUGUAAACUAAAUUUAUUUUUCUUAAUAAAGGUUUACUAAGUCUUAA